GUGAACUCCAGUAGUCAGUCUGAACAGGUGAUGGGUUCGAAUUCUUCCAAUAUGUUGUCCUACUUAUUGUGGACGUUGGCAGUUAUUGUAGCAACGGUUUCUGCGGAUGAUGAAAGUCGAAUUAUCGGUGGCUUUGAAGCGUUGCAAGACAAUACCAAACAUCAGGUUUCAGUCAGAUUAAAGUUCCUGGAAGAUCGAGAGUAUGGGCGUGGACAUAUCUGCGGUGGAAGUCUAAUUAGCGACCGACUCGUAUUGACGGCAGCACACUGUCUAUUCGACAGUCUGGGGCUCCCGUUGAGUGCAGAGCACUACGUUGUCGUCGGUGGUAAUACCGACAGGACGACACUCACCAACAACACCUUCAUCAGCAGGGUGCGCAAAGCAGUCUUCCACGAAGGAUACAACGACGAGCUGUCCACCAACGACAUAGCGUUGUUACACCUUAGUGAAGUGGUACCACCGGAGCAUCCUACAUUGCGGCCAAUUGCGAUGGCAGAGCAACCAUUGGCGGCCGGAAGCAGCUGUCAAGUUUCCGGCUGGGGUACUACUAUUUGGGGAGUUCAACAAUCGACAGUCAAGCUGAUGGCGGUUGACAUCUCGAUCGUCGAAACUUCGAUUUGCAACGACACGGAUAGCUACAACGGUGAGAUUGCUCCUGGUAUGCUCUGCGCCGGUCAGCUGGAAGGGGGCAAGGACAGUUGCCAAGGUGAUUCCGGUGGACCGCUCGUUUGCCACUCGCUGUUGGCAGGCGUCGUUUCGUUUGGUUACGAGUGUGGUUUGCCAAAAUUCCCCGGCAUCUACUCCGAUGUGGUAUACUAUCAGCAAUGGAUACGGGCUAACAGUUCAGCUGACCGGCCACACACCAUCAACCUUGGGCUGGCUGCGAUACUUUUCGCGUCGCUUGCGUUGUUGCGAAUGUGAUAUGUGCAUGUCUAGGGAACGUCGAAAAUACAAUAAAAUUGAUAUCUACAAAGCUAUCUAUA